CAGUUGCGCUAUCGCAGGCGCUUGGUGAACUUGUCAUUCAUGCAAUUUCGUCCUCGGAAAAAAUUACGAAAAUCGGGAGGAUUGGUAAAAAAACGGGAAAAAAUGACAGAAUUUUCGUCUCCAGGCAGGCGAUCGUCCGUAAGACAACUGAGGGAACGCAAACAGAAAAAGUUAUAUUCGGAAGACUGGGCUCUUGGAGACGAAGACAUCGAAGGACGUCGUCUGUUUUCCCUCCAAGAAAAAUUGGAAGAUCCGCGAUUUACUCAGCACAAUUUUGUCAAAGAAAUGCAUGGUAGCGAAUUAACAGUGGCAUAUUUUCAAAAGUACGGUUUUAAUACACCCCUUCUCUUCAAAGACAAAACAGGACUAGGACUUCGCGUUCCGACGACGAAUUUUACAGUGAACGACGUCAGAAUGUGCGUCGGUUCGCGUCGCGUGCUCGACGUCAUGGACGUGAUGACCCAAAAGAAUUCGGAAAUGACCAUGAAAGAGUGGCAAAAGUAUUACGAAAGUUCGGAAAAGGAUAAGUUACUUAAUGUGAUUUCACUCGAAUUUUCUCAUACGAAACUUGAAAAUUACGUACAAUCGCCUACCGUUGUGAGACAGCUCGAUUGGGUAGACUGCGUGUGGCCUAGACACCUGAAAGAAAGCCAAAUAGAAGCGACUAACGUACUUGAAGAGAUGAAAUAUCCGAAAGUUCAAAAGUAUUGUCUAAUGUCCGUUAAAAAUUGUUAUACCGAUUUUCACGUCGACUUUGGCGGAACGUCCGUUUGGUAUCACAUUUUAAAAGGCAGCAAAGUAUUCUGGCUGAUACCACCAACCGAGCACAAUUUAAAUUUGUACGAAAAGUGGGUGCUGUCCGGUAAACAAGGAGACAUUUUUUUCGGCGACCAGGUCGAGAAGUGUGCCAGAAUUACACUUAUGGAAGGAAACACGUUUUUCAUUCCCACAGGAUGGAUUCAUGCCGUCUACACUCCUUGCGAUUCUUUGGUUUUCGGGGGCAACUUUUUGCAUUCGUUUGGUAUUGAUAAACAACUAAAAAUCGCCCAAGUUGAAGAUACGACGAAGGUGCCCCAAAAGUUUCGGUAUCCUUUUUUCACCGAAAUGUUGUGGUACGUCCUGGAGCGGUAUGUCUACUGUCUAUUGGGUAGAUCGCAUCUAAACACCGGUGCUGACGUUCCCAUUCCCUCAGAAAGGCCCCACAUUCACCUGACCCACGCCGAACUUCAUGGACUUAAGGAAAUUGUGCUGUAUUUGCACAUGCUGCCGGCCAACAAGAAAAAUGUUCCUGAUCUCAUAAAAAAUCCGGUCGCUUUAAUCCAGGACGUACGGACGUUGAUAGGACUCCAUAGACAGGAUAGCAGAGAAUUAGCUAUCACGGGUCGACCAAUUUUAUUAGUUCCCGAAGAUUCUGACAAUAAAAUGAAGAUUCCGUUCAGUAGAGGGCCUGGACUAAAGGGGCUGAACAGAGUGAAAUUGUCGAAGAAUCCGUCGUUACCUGGAGAUAAAAAUGGACCACGAAGAAGACGUACUAGAUGUAAAAAAUGCGAGGCGUGCAUGCGUAAUGACUGUGGUGAGUGUGCGUUCUGUUUGGACAUGGUGAAGUUCGGGGGGCCGGGUCGUGCAAAACAGACGUGCAAUAUGCGCCAGUGUCUGCAACCCAUGUUACCGGUUACUGCUGCCUGUGCCCAUUGCGGUCUUGAUGGUUGGGGUCAAGCACCCGUCGUCCCCCUCCAGAAAGGCGCACCUCAAAGGAACGAGAGUGCUAGCGGUCUAAUGGAAUGUUCGGUUUGUUACGAGAUAGCUCAUCCUGCAUGCGUUCAGCGCCUCUGUCCGCAAUUUACCGGUUAUAUAAACGAAGAUUUGCCCAACUCGUGGGAAUGCCCGAUGUGUUGUAAAUCUGGCAAAAAUGCCGAUUACAAACCACGUCAUUUCCGAGCUAGACAAAAAUCGACCGAUUUGCGUCGUAUGUCAAUAAGUUCGGACGCCUCCAGUGCAUUUGAACAAAAAGUCCAACCGGAACAUUUAAGCGAUAGUGGUAGCGAAAACGAUACGUCCAAGGAUGUCCACGACAAUAAAGAAUUGGUUCCCAUAAAGAAGCGACGUACCAGCGAAGGGGAUGUCCCGUCUUCCAAGUCGCCACCAAACGAGGCGCCACGAAAACAAGCACUUAGAAUGCAACUGGCUCAGCAACUGAUAAAUAACACGAACAAAACGCUUAAAAAACCGUUAUGUGUGGUCCGACCGGCACCCAUAACCAACUCUUCUUUACCAGCCGGCAACUUACCACUAAACAAACGAAUAAUAUUAAACGUGUUUCGGUUUUUAAGUCCUCACGAUUUAUUUCAGUGUUCGCUUGUUUGUAAGACCUGGGCCCAAUAUAGUAUUGAUCCCAGUCUCUGGAGAAUCAUGAACUUUUCACAAAAGCGUAUAUCAUCUGAACAUCUCAAAGGAAUAGUUCGUCGCCAACCGGAGCAACUGAUCCUCGACUGGGCACAUAUCAAUAAAUAUCAGUUGAGCUGGUUGAUCCAGCGGCUUUCGUGUUUGCGUGACCUUUCGUUGGUGAGUGUGAACAUUAAAUCAGUCGUUUCGUUAAAAAGUUGUCAUUGCGCGCACCUAAACUCUCUCGAUCUAUCGUUUGUGUCUGGUUUUAAUGACGUAUCGUUACGCGAAAUUCUCGGCCCGAACAACGACUCCCGUCACGGUUUGCGCGACGAAAAAACGCGAUUCCGCAAUCUAAAGACGUUAAAACUUGCCGGUACGGAAAUCACCGACGUCGCGAUGCGCUAUGUUACGCAAUACUUACCGAACUUGGCGCAUCUCAGUCUCAGUUGUUGUCCGCGUAUAUCGGACGCGGGUAUCGCGCAGCUGAGUACGAAACCGGCCAAUACCGUUAUGAACCUUAUAACUCUGGACCUGAGCAACACGAAGCUUGUGACCGAGCUGAGCCUCGAACACUUGUCCAAGUGCGAGAACCUUACGCGACUUGACCUGCGACAUUCGGUUCAGGUCAGCACCCAAGCACUUAUCAAAUUCGCAGCCAAAAGCGAUCGCAAUUUGCAAGUGCGUGAUAUCAAGUUAGUUGUGAAAAGACAAAACAAAGCGUAGUGCAGACGGUAUGUGAAUGCGAGUUGACGUAACUGACUGAUAUUGUACCUACAAUAGUUGGUUAGUUGAAAGGGGAUCAACUUACCUAUUAUACUUACGAUUAGCAGCUGUUCUCUGUAAGUUCAUGGACCAUUUGUUUAUUAUUUUUUUUUUUUUGAAAUAUUUAGCUUACUUACAAAGUUUGUGAUUUAUUGAGUAGAAGUUGCAUAGUUGGCAAUGUGCAAGCUAAGUAGAAUAUUGGAAUCGUAUCUAUAUACGAGUCUCAGUUUUUAGUGUCGAAUGAUCGUUUUAACGUUUAUUGAUUUUUAAUUUAAAAAAAACAGAUAAGAUUUGAGUUUUGAAGGAAAUUUACGUAGUGCCUGUCUUAAAUGAAAUUAAAGCGGAUGAAAUGGAGGCACUACGUACUAAACACUGUGAUAGAGUUUAACACAUUGCUGGGGUUGCUUACUAUUAUAGCACUUUCUAUCUAUUCGUUUUAAUAUCUAUAAUUACGUUAUUGAGUACAGAAAAAUCAAUUUUAAUAUAUAUUAAGUUAUCUCUUACAUCGUAAUAAAAAAAAAACGCGUAAAUUUCCUUCACUGCUGUUUAGUUUUAAAAUAAUAAUUUACUUUAUAAUGGUAAAGUAAAUGAAAAAUAUUCAAAUUUCUGUGUAUACAGUGCCGAACAUUGAAACACAGGGUAAUCGUUCAAUAAAUGUGAUUAAUACCACGUUUAUGUAUUUAAAACUACUACAAUUAUGAAUUGUAUUUGUUUUCUAACACAUUUAUUGAAUCGCUCCUGAAAUGCUCCUGUAAAAUUCUAUUUAGACUGAUGUAAGUUAUAAGAAAUUUGUCGCAAAUGUAAGGUACAUUGAGCAAUUAGAAGCUUAACUAACGACCUAUUAAAUAAAAAUUUAAANUU